UGUUCACAGUUUAAUGCAAUGGAUUCUGCCUAAAUUCUUUCAGCUCUGAGGACCACUCCUCUCUUGGUCUUUCUCCUAUGUGGAAUAGUACCUGCUUGCUACCAAUGCCCGCGAUUUUCGGCCUUGUUUCCGCCCUUCACGGUGCCACUGACCGAACAUGCCCGGCAUCAUGCGUCAUGUUUACACUUCCACUUUCUGACUGCUUCUGUUCACGGUCUGCAGACCGCGAGGCUAUACCCUUCGAGUAUCCUAAGCCAACUUCGUUCAAGGAGGCACAACGGCUAUGCUGCCACAACCUCCCUGCAAUCCAAAUACGAUCACAUGUCAGUCACGGCGGUGCGGAGCUGCGGAUGUGGGACUUGAAAGAGACCGCCUUCUUCAGUCUCACGACCCCAGUGUCCGGGGGCAACAUUGCAGCAUACAAAGUACACGCGAUCCAACUCCAACGCCUUGAUUUGGAGACGAAUCCACCCCCGCGUGGAGUGUCGAUCAUCCGUAUGACCCAAUCAUGACGAUUCGGCCUUUGGUAUUACUGUUAACGGCAUCCCGAAGUGGAACUGAAGAUGGAUUCACUCACCAUGAUCCUUUAUGAUCAUAGGCUAUUGGAAAAUUUGCCCUCAACCGAUACGCUUUUCGCCGUCCUCUCUGCCGAUGUGUGAAGCGCGCAUGAGCCCUUCGGUCGAUCAGAGGGCGAUCAGCGAGGAAAAUGUGACUUAAUACGACCAUAUAAAACGGCGGUUUCUGACUCAGGGAACACCCAGUCGUUGAUCGCUCUUUUGCGCAACGUCUUUCUUUGUCAAGGAGCCUGCAGGAUCUGUCUAACGCCGAGGACGACAACAUUGUCAAUAGUCAGGUCAUAAUGGGUCGCAAAUACCUGGGAGGCUCAGGGAGCGCCCUGACUGUUUGGAUCUCGCUAGCUGCGUCAACUGUUCUCAUAUUCUAUGGAUAUGAUCAGGGCGUAUUUGGAAACGUUCUCGUUGGAAAGGAUUUCCUCCAGACUAUGGGUAACCCCGAUGCAACUGUGCAGGGCACCCUAACUAGCGUCUAUAAUCUCGGGUGCUUCGGAGGCGCGCUGUCGACAUUAUACACCGGUGACAAGCUCGGCCGCCCGCGCACCAUUAUGCUUGGGAGCUCCGUCAUCGCCAUUGGCGCCAUUAUCCAGUCCGCCUGCUAUUCGAGAGGGCAAAUGUUUGCAGGCAGGGUGGUCGCAGGCCUCGGGACAGGCAUGAACACGGCCACCGCUGGAGUUUGGCAGUCGGAGACCAGCAAGAUGCGAAGCCGUGGCAAGCUGGUCAUCAUUCAAAUGGCCAAUUGUAUCACUGGAUUUUGCCUGUCGAAUUGGCUCACUCUUGGAUUCUCGUUUGCCAAAAGUUCAGUUGCCUGGCGAUUCCCACUUGCCUUUCAAUGCUUCUUUACACUGCUGAUAUGGUUGAUGUGCCCUUUCCUCCCGGACUCUCCCCGUCUUCUGAUUCGAAAGGGAAAGCACCAAGAGGCACUGGAAGUGCUCGCAGCUCUCGAAGGGCAUGGCGCAACCGCCGAUUCACCGUCGGUGCGCACACAAUACAACAUCAUCAAAGACGUCUUGGAUAAAGAGCAUGCACAGACCUAUAGUUGGUGGCAGCUCCUCACCGGCCGAGGCCCUUCAGGAGUCGUUCGCCGAAUGAUCCUAGGCGCCUGGAUGCAAGCAAUGAACCAGAUCAGCGGCAUCAACGUGACGUCUUACUUUCAAACAUAUAUCUUCAUCCAUGCUAUCAAUCUCAACGAACUAUUAGCUCGAAUCCUCGCGGCCGCCGGCUCCGUCGACUACCUUAUCUUCAGCUUUUUGGCGUGGUUCGUCAUCGAACGGUACGGACGUCGCCGGGUCAUGAUGUGUUCAGCGUUUGCCUGUUCCAUGUGCUGGACCAUUAUCAGCAUUGCGCUCGGGCUAUCCCAGAACGGUAAAGGAGACACGUACAAGCUAGGUGCCCUUGCGACAACCUUCUUCUUCGUGUUCUUCGCCUCGUUCGGAAUGGGCGUGCUCGGUGUCCCGUGGCUCUACCCCACCGAAAUCAACCAUAUCUCUUUCCGUGCCAAGGGUGCUUCUCUGGCAAUGUCGACGAACUGGAUCAUGAACUACAUGGUUGCUCAAGUGACGCCCCCGGGUAUUGCCAAUCUAGGUUACAAGUUCUGGAUUAUCUGGGCCGUGAUCUGCUUCUCCUUCAUACCCAUAACCUAUUUCUUCUAUCCCGAGACGGCCAAUCGGACACUGGAGGAUAUUGACCGAUACUUUGCGGAACAUCGAAACAUCUUUGUCUUCCGGGACCAAGUUGCCACGCAGUUGAAGAGGCCGGAGAUGUGGGAAAAGAUGGAUGAAGAGGUUGCACGAAGGGCGGAAGAGGAAAGGAUCAGGAACGGCGAGCAGGUGGAGAGGGAUUCCGAGGAUAUGGAGAAGGGUGAGGAAAAAGUGGUGUACAUUGAGAAGUGAACAGGUAACAGGGUAAUCAUCGCACUUGGGGAAAGGGAGAGACGAGCAGACGAAGAGACAGGACAAGGCUGAGCGUGGAGCACAAGAAAAAGGGGUCGACGUUUUGAUAGAUAUGACGAAUACCAUGUGUCUGGUCAGAAUGCCCUCCUCUACUUAUAUGUUCUAGCCGUGAAGAAAAUGAAGUCGCC